AUGGCGGCAGAAAACGGCGAUGCCUGGAUUGCAAAUUUUUCGUUAAACACGAUAAACUCGCAGUUUCCUACACUUCCGGAGGUUGCAACAAUUCUGCAAGAUGGAAUGGAAUCCGUGUUUCGAGAGUUGACGGUUGACAUAGCUACCUGCCCUUGUCUAACCGAAGAACCAUUUAAUCUUGCCGGAAUAGGUUUAAACGGCAAUCCUUCAAUAAUACAAGUCGGUGAUUAUACGAACCUUAUUCCGAACCCGCUUUAUGAUAGCGCAAAAUGGAAUAUUGAGGAUAUGUUAUUAUCAACUGGCUAUGAUUCUUUCAUUAUCGGAUCUGGUUACGCUGCGUAUCCAUACUUGCCUUACAACGGACACCUCAUUAUGAACGCGGCGUAUAAAGCACCUAAUAUCACGAAUGCGAGUCGCAUCGUUUUCGCAGACAAAGGACAGAGCAGGAUAGUAAUGUUAACUCAACCCAAGACAAUGACGUGCUCCUUUAUGGGCAAUUUUUUUCUCAGCGAAGGCAGGGAGGGCAAUGUUCUUAAAGUGCGCGCCAAGGGUCGCCAAACCGAUUUGGAUAUUAUAACAAUAAUGCAAGACAUACUUUACAGACAUUACCGUGAUUAUCCUGUUGCCUUAGGUGGCGUUCUGAGAAUGAGGAAUGGACGAGUGGCGCUAAAUGUUAUGCCGAAAUGUUAUUUCCAGAACAAGUCAUCAUUUCGCAUUCUCGCUAAAUGGUUUGAUUGUCACGACAUAGAGCUCGAACAGGAUCUGAUAGCUGUUGGUACAAUUAUUAACACCGAACCGGAUAUUUUGCACUAUGAACAGCGCUACAAUUCUCCUCUGCCGAGGAGGCAUCAUCAGUUCCAUAGUUUUUCCAAUUACGGAGCAGGCGGGCAGUUUGUUAACAAUAUCACGAGGGACACGAUCGAAAACGCUCAUGACAGCCGUUGGGACACUCGUCAACAAGAACACAUAUUUUCAAAAGACAUUAUCACAUAUCCUAUCUACCUCACGCCACAGUGUUUCCACGCUUUCUUUCACAAAGGAUUAGGCGGCCAUUAUUGCAUCGAUAAUACGCCAGACACAAUAGAGUAUCUAGGAUAUUUCAAUUUAGCGAAAGAGCUCCAUUGUGUGGAUCAAGCAAGUCCAUUUUCUCUUAAAUAUUAA